UGGGCCCGGGGCUGGGAACCCAGGGCAAAGGGGUGAGAAGUUGGGGAGAGGGCGCGCUUCCCGUGCGCGGCUGGGUCGAGCAGCCAGCUGCCGGGUGGCGGCGGGGCGAGCCCGGCCCCGCGCGCCGGGUGACCGAAGCUCCGCCCCCAGCCCUCCGCGGGGCCUGAUUGACGCGCAGCCGCGGGGAAACAGCAGCUCGGAGUUUUCCGCCCAGGACCCCCUCGACUCCCGGAGGUGGUCCACAGUCUACGGGGACCUACGCUCGGAGUUCAGCUGCUCCCAUCUUGUAGUAGGAAAGAAAAAAAAAAAUGAAAUGAAUGUUGACAACAAGGGGCUCGGCGUCUGCACGAGGAGGAGGAAGAAAGUACCACUUUACCAACAGAGAACAACAACAAGAAUAACAACAACAACAACCAAUAAUAAUAAUAAUCUAGCCCGGCGGCGGUGCGGUCGGCCGGGCUUGCUGCUCUGCGUGCUCGGCGGCAGAACUCGGGACCUAGCCAUCCGCCGGCAGGAGAGGAAGGGGACCGCGGAAUUGACGCGAACAAAAGCCAAAGCGCCAUGCCCAAAAUCCCCAGCGCGACCCAGUUAGGCAGGAGCCAAAAGGAAUGGUGGGGAAAUAAACUGGAAUACGAUGAGCUGCCCCAUUACGGCGGGAUGGACGGAGUAGGGGUUCCCGCUUCCAUGUACGGAGACCCUCACGCGCCGCGGCCGAUCCCCCCGGUUCACCACCUCAACCACGGGCCGCCACUCCACGCCACGCAGCACUACGGCGCGCACGCCCCGCACCCCAAUGUCAUGCCUGCCAGCAUGGGAUCUGCUGUCAACGACGCCUUGAAGAGAGACAAGGACGCGAUCUACGGGCACCCGUUGUUUCCUCUGUUAGCGCUGGUCUUUGAGAAGUGCGAGCUGGCGACCUGCACUCCCCGGGAACCCGGAGUGGCCGGCGGAGACGUCUGUUCCUCCGACUCCUUCAACGAGGACAUCGCGGUCUUCGCCAAGCAGGUUCGUGCUGAAAAGCCUCUUUUUUCCUCAAACCCAGAGCUGGAUAAUUUGAUGAUACAAGCAAUACAAGUACUAAGGUUUCAUCUUCUGGAGUUAGAAAAGGUCCACGAACUGUGUGAUAACUUCUGCCACCGGUACAUUAGCUGUUUGAAGGGGAAAAUGCCCAUUGACCUCGUGAUUGAUGAAAGAGAUGGAAGCUCCAAGUCAGAUCAUGAAGAACUUUCAGGCUCCUCCACAAAUCUCGCCGACCACAACCCUUCAUCCUGGCGAGACCAUGAUGACGCCACGUCAACUCACUCAGCAGGCACCCCAGGACCCUCCAGUGGGGGCCAUGCUUCCCAGAGUGGAGACAACAGCAGUGAGCAAGGCGAUGGGUUAGACAACAGUGUAGCUUCACCUGGCACAGGUGAUGACGACGAUCCAGACAAGGACAAAAAACGCCAGAAGAAAAGAGGCAUAUUCCCCAAAGUCGCGACAAAUAUCAUGAGAGCAUGGCUGUUCCAGCACCUCACACACCCGUACCCUUCCGAAGAGCAGAAGAAACAGUUAGCACAGGACACGGGACUGACAAUUCUGCAAGUAAACAACUGGUUUAUUAACGCCAGGAGAAGAAUAGUACAGCCCAUGAUUGACCAGUCAAAUCGAGCAGGUUUUCUUCUUGAUCCUUCAGUGAGCCAAGGAGCAGCAUAUAGUCCAGAAGGUCAGCCUAUGGGGAGCUUUGUAUUGGACGGCCAGCAACACAUGGGGAUCCGGCCCGCAGGUUUGCAGAGCAUGCCAGGGGACUAUGCUUCUCAGGGUGGACCGAUGGGAAUGAGUAUGGCACAGCCGAGUUACGCUCCUCCCCAGGUGACCCCACACCCUACUCAGUUAAGACAUGGACCCCCAAUGCAUUCGUACUUGCCAAGCCACCCAGCCAUGCUGAUGCACGGAGGACCUCCUACCCACCCUGGCAUGACUAUGUCGGCACAGAGCCCCACAAUGUUAAAUUCGGUAGAUCCCAAUGUUGGCGGACAGGUGAUGGACAUCCAUGCCCAAUAGUAUAAGGGAACUCAAGGAAAAAGGAAACACACGCAAAAAACUCUUUUAAGACUCUCUGAACUUUGACCAGAUGUGACACUUAAUAUGAAACUCCAGACAGCUGUGAUUAUUUUUUACUUUUGUCAUUUUUUUUUUUCAUCAAGCAACAGAGGACCAAUGGGACAAGAACACAAAUGUGAAAUGAUGGGCUCAUUGAGACAAUUGUGUCCAUGCAAAGAUCCUCUGGAGAAAGACUCCGAGAGUUACAACUACUGUAGCAUAAACAUAGGGACUAAGUUAAACUUGUACAUUUCUGUUGAUCGCUCCGUUACAUUGCCUCAAAUAGUUUUAGAAGAGAAAAAAAUAUAUAUAUCCUUGUUUUCCACACUAUGUGUGUUGUUCCCAAAAGAAUGACUGUCUUGGUUCAUCAGUGAAUUCACUAUCCAGGAGAGACUGUGGUAUAUUUUAAACCUGUUGGGCCAAUGAGGAAAGAACCACAGAACCACGCUGGGGAGCAGGAUGGACACUUGGCUGAUCCUCAUCACUAACUCCAGCGGCUAGAAUGUGUUUUCACACCCAGCCUUUGUUCCCCCAUCAGCGUGUCCUUUAGUUUCAAACAGAUCUUUAUAGUUUGUGCUUCAUAAGCCAAUUCUUAUUAUGAUUUUGGGGAACUGUUCUUCAAAGAGCUUGCCAAUGAAGAUUUAGAGAUAGAGUGAAGGCUUCUUCAAGUUCCAAGCCUUGGCUCUGUGGACAAAACAAUCUUAAGUUGGGCAGCUUUCCUCAACACACACACACACACACACACACACACACACACACACACACAAAGUCAUUCAUGGUCAUUGCACCGUAAGUAGGAUUCUAUCAGGAACUCGAAGCUUGGGGGAUAAAAAGGAGCAAGAGAGUACUGUAACAAACUUCGUACAGAGUUCGGUCUUUUAAUUGUUUCAUGUUAGAUAUUCUAUGUGUUUACCUCAAUUGAAAAAAAAAAAAAAAAGAAUGUUUUUGCUAGUAUCAGAUCUGCUGUGGAAUUGGUAUUGUAUGUCCAUGGGAUCCUCUUUUCUCAGCACGUGUUCCUCACUAGAAGAAAAUGCUGUUACCUUUAAGCUUUGUCAAAUUUACAUUAAAAUACUUGUAUGAGGACUGUGACGUUAUGUUAAAAAAAAAGGUGUUAAGUCACAAAAUGCGGUAAUAAAUAUUUCAUUUUUGA